CGCGCGGCCGCGGACACGUGCGGAGGUCGCGGUGACACCGCAGCCCCCUCAGGAGCCCCGGCGCGACCGGGCCCCUCAGCCGCAGAGACCCCGGAGCGAGACGCGCUCGGGUGGAGACUAUGUGAUCGCCUCGGUGUCGGUGCGGAGGACUUCGCUUCGGGGAGGGAAGAGGAGGGCUCGGCUCGGCUCGGCAGGCGGAGUUUCGCCGCGGCGGCACUAGGGUUGCGCCAGCCCGCGCCGGAGCCGGUGGGGCCGAGGAGAGCGGGACCGAGCUCCGGGGAGCCGCGGCGUGCAGGCGGCAUGGAGAAGGACGGCCUGAGCCGCGCCGACCAGCAGUACGAGUGCGUGGCGGAGAUCGGGGAGGGCGCCUACGGGAAGGUGUUCAAGGCCCGCGACCUCAAGAACGGAGGCCGGUUCGUGGCGCUGAAGCGCGUGCGGGUGCAGACGGGCGAGGAAGGCAUGCCGCUCUCCACCAUCCGCGAGGUGGCGGUGCUGAGGCACCUGGAGACCUUCGAGCACCCCAACGUGGUCAGGCUGUUUGAUGUGUGCACAGUGUCCCGGACAGACAGAGAGACAAAGCUAACACUAGUGUUCGAACAUGUUGAUCAAGACUUGACCACUUACUUGGAUAAAGUUCCGGAACCUGGAGUGCCCACUGAAACCAUAAAGGAUAUGAUGUUUCAGCUCCUGCGAGGUCUGGACUUUCUUCAUUCUCACCGAGUAGUGCAUCGUGAUCUAAAACCACAGAACAUUCUGGUGACCAGCAGUGGACAAAUAAAACUGGCUGACUUCGGCCUUGCGCGCAUCUACAGUUUUCAGAUGGCUCUGACUUCAGUGGUCGUCACGCUGUGGUACCGAGCUCCAGAAGUCCUGCUGCAGUCCAGCUACGCCACGCCCGUGGAUCUCUGGAGUGUCGGCUGCAUAUUUGCAGAAAUGUUUCGUAGAAAGCCUCUCUUUCGUGGAAGUUCAGAUGUGGAUCAGCUAGGAAAAAUCUUGGACGUCAUUGGACUCCCAGGAGAAGAGGACUGGCCCAGAGAUGUUGCCCUUCCCAGGCAAGCGUUUCAUUCCAAAUCUGCCCAGCCGAUUGAGAAGUUUGUAACAGAUAUCGAUGAACUAGGCAAAGACCUACUUCUGAAGUGCUUGACCUUCAAUCCAGCCAAAAGAAUAUCUGCCUACAGCGCCCUGGCCCACCCGUACUUCCAAGACCUGGAGAGGGGCAAGGAGAGCCUGGAUUCCCACCUACCACCCAGCCAGAGUGCCUCAGAGCUGAACACAGCCUGAGGCCCAGCGGCCGCCUGGAGCUGGUCAUCUGGAGGACACCACGGUGGCUGACGGGUCCCCAAGCAAGCCCCGCAGAGCUGUUGAGGAUGGCUGUCCUGAGACCUUCGGCUGCUGUCGUCUGGCUGGGCUCUGCCUCCCCAAGGAAACCACCUAGUUUACUGUUCUGAAAUCAAUGCAAGAGUGAUUGCAGCUUUAUGUUCAUUUGUCUGUCUGUCUGUCUGUCUGUUUCAAGAACCUGGAAGAAUUCCAGAAGAAGAGAAGCUGCUGACCAAUUGUGCUGCCAUUUCAUUUCUCUGACCUUGAAUGCUGCCCGUGGAAAGUGGGUUCCAGGCACGGCUGAGUUGUGAUGUAAUAGGCCUGCAGCCGCCGGGCCUGACUUGGUACUUUGGAGAGAGAGAGAGAGAGAGAGAGAGUGUGUGUGUGUGUGUGCGCGUGAGAGAGCUUCUGUGAUCUCUCAAAAUGUUACCUUCUGUAAACAGCUAGAAUCAUUGAAUUUUUUAAAGACUCAAAGUGAUUGACAAGUAACAGGCGUUUGUUCACUGAAGGUGAUUUCACCAGAGCGGCCUUCUCAGACGAGAAAGCUGAGCCUGUGUCCUCCUGCCCUCAGCAUUUCUCUUCUGGCCAAAAGCAGUCAGUUUGCUAGCCGUGAAAGAUAAAGUUUUAUACACACAGCAAAAAGGAGAAAAAAACCUAUCAUCUUGUAAGAGACCUGUUUUUUAAAGCAUGCGUUCUAUUUACUCUUUGAAAAGCUGGAUUUACUCAUAAGCCUAUUUUAACCUAUAGUAUCAUGCUUUGAUUGUUUCUUUUGGAAAAUACCCUAGAGGCUUUUUAUUACUUGCUAUAGUUUUAAGGAGUGUACCUCAAAUAGGUUUAAAAAAAAAAUAGAGAAACCCUUUGUUCUCUGGUUUGAAACUUCAUUAUUACCCUCCUGUUGUUUGUUGUACUGGUUUGGUUUUUAGGGGUUUGUCAGAGACUUUUCCCUGUUUGGGUUUGAAGAGUAGUUCCUUCGGACUCUGGAAACAGGGGUGCCUGCACCUCGCCCCACCGUGACACUGUACUUGCCACCAGGCACUGCCUUGUUUGCCAAGCGUCUCUUUACCAGCUCCCAGCACCGGCGAUACAUGUGGCUCCCACCGCAGAACUAAUACCAGGCUGCUCGGGCCAUAUCCUCCGGCAGCUCGCCUGCUGCUUGCUUUCCGGUGAACCCUCUGUCGGCGUGAAGCUUCAGGUUAGGCUGUGGCCCCCGUCCUGCAGUCCUGUAACGCCCCAUGUCUCCUCGCUGUCGCAUGCAGCCUUCCUGCCUGCGCUCCGCCUGGUUAGAGAGGCAUUGGGUAGGAAAUUUCUUCUGCUGCAUCACCAGCCCAGGGAUGGCUAGUCACUACCGCUCGGUGUUUGGUGUUUUCAUAGAAUGCAUCGUCGGUGCAGUAUCUGAGGGAACAUCUUUGCCUUCAAGAGAGAGAUUUACUGUAUGUAAUGAGCUUUUUCUUCAUCCUCAGGCUGCGCUUGGGUCUGGAGUCCAUCCCUGCUCCCUGCAGAGCCAGCCUGCCCAGGGCAUUGUGAACAGCCUUACUUUUCUCUACAUGCCUUAGGUUCCACCCUGUCUGUGCCUUACGCCUUUGAAAACCUGCCCAGUUGACUGUAGUAACCAGAAGACUCAGAAAGUAUCUCGGGGAGCUUAACUACCUGGCUUUCCACCUCGUCUUUCCAGUGCAUGCAACAGUUAGACCAUGUUUUAGCGUUAGGGUUGUUCAAAGAACCGACGUUGCUUCACUAAUAGGAAAAAAUGUUUUCUGAAGAUGUUUGUGCCUGCUCAAGCCUCUCUUGAGUUCUCCACUGCUUCCUGUCGUCCAAGGCUAUCUUGAGCAAGAGGAGAGAAAUCGGGCGGUGUUUCUCCUUCAGCUUUUUGGGUCGGGAACCAUUCUUUUUAAUGCAUCUAUAGUUUAUCAUUGCUGUAAUUUAGUACCUUGAAGAACAGGAGACUGUUUUCUAAAGCAAGAUUUAAAAAAAAAAAAAAAAAAAUGAAGACGGGCCAUAAGCGGUGUUUCAGUGUCUUCAGUGUCCGCAUUGAUGAUGUGCCGGCAGCACUGCAAUGCUGGAGCUGCUCAAACCCAGGUGGGCGCUCCUGGUCUCGCCUGGAAAAGUGAGCUCUGCCUUUGCGCUGACCGAGAGUCACAAUGCAGACAUCCUUGCUGGGGCCUAGAAAUUGAAGUUCUUUAAUCACUGCACUGAUUCAUCGUGAGCUUUCUGGGUAGUGCCCAUGGUUAGAGUGAACAUAACUUGAGUUUUUGCUUUUGCAGAAGUGGUUUCAUAAGUUCUCUCAAGAAACAUGCAGCUGUUCUAAACUGGAAUUUUUCAGCAUUCAUGUAGAAUUUAGACAGGUGGAGAGCUCCACUGUGACUCCUAGCAUCUGCUUUUGCGUAUUUCUAAGUAGUGUUUGCAAAACAGAAAAGUGAAAGCACAAAUGUUGUAGCAUGGGGCCCGUUGUCCUCUGCCGACACCGUGCAGGGCAUCGCGGCCGCUCUGACCCUGGCUUGGUCGGAGUCUGUCCCAGCUCCCCCUCUGGCGUGGCUGCUGGCCUGGAGAGCAUGCUGGCUCCGCGCACGCCUCUCACACCCAGGCUCACCGCUUCUGAAACCCGGACCCCGCAUUGCCCUGAGAGCAAGACUCCGCCUUCCUCUGCAAGCGAACGUCUGGGCCUAAAGCAAGGCCGCGGCUCAUUGAGGGCAGACUGCCCCAGGGCGACAGCUUGGAAACUGCACCGGGAUGAGUGCAAGAACAUUUCUGUGCGGUGCCUGCUUCUGGCGGCCCAGACAACGGUGGGAACUUCAGCGCAGGGCAAAGUUGGAACAACAACGGACGUAUAAAGGAAUCUGUCCAUUUAGCUACCAUAAGCUACCACAGGGCAAACAGCACACAGAAUUCCUGAGAGCUCCCACCACACCCCUGCUUUGAAGUCGCCGGGAGCUGUGGGAGCAGAGAACCUGUCCCAGAGCCGGCCGGGGCCACCUCCACCGCCUGCUGUCACCUGACUCCCAGGAGGCACACACUGUGAACGCAGGCUUGUCACUUAGCCCCAGGUGACUUCCUAGGAAUAGUUCUGCCUCCUUGACCUCAGAUGAGAAGCCCAGCAUUGAGUUGUUGGUAAACAUCAAAACCUGAGGCUGCACGGGAUGCUGGUAUCUUGUAACACCCUUUUAGUAGAAGACUUGGAAGUGUGACUCCAGGACUUAUUCAAAUUCAGCUUUUCAGUAACUGCAGCAGCUUCUCUUAAAAGUGGUGCCUAUCACAACCAUUAAUGGAGUUUCUCCUUCCAUUAUGGAAAACAAAUCAUGUAAGCUUCCUGGUAGCAUAAACACAUUAAAAUUCUUCUCUCCAAAGAAUUGCCUUUUGGUGCCAACUUGACGAUUUUUAUGACCAGCACGUGAGGAAGUCUCAUGUUUCUGAGAUAGUUGGGUGUAGGAAAGAACAAUGUUAAAAGUUAAUAUGCCAGCAUAGUCACUUAAUUGUAUCAGUACUGAAACUACAGAAUAUUUGCCUUGGAAAGAAAAUGCUGAAAUAUUAUUAUAAAUCCUUACAUAUUGAUAGAGUUCAACCAAAUGCAUGCUACAGUGUGACAGAUAAAAAUAAAGAUAUAUCAUUUCUAAAUCUUUAAAAAUUAUUCACAAAACAGUGAGCAACUGGAAUAAAUGAAGAUAUGAAAGAUUUCAAAGGGUGGUGUCAACGUUAUAUAUAUUUUGAAGGAUAUAGUUUCUAUUAUCAAGUAUAUUGCAAGAAUUUAUCUUAAAGUCACUUGGCAACCAUGGGCUCAGUAAGCACAGUUUACCUUUUAAAGCUGAGCUGAGCAAACUAAAUUAUCUGCACUGCUUCCUCAUUUCAUUGGCAACAGCGGCCCUGGGCCCGCAAAGCUGUCCUUGUCACGCAUGCCCCAGAGUGCGCUUACCAAGAGAGCAGCAGGGAAAAGUGUUUAAGGCCUGGGAUUCUUGCGCCACUAGGACUCGGAAAAAUUGUGACCCGUAUCGGAAACCAUCGAUCAGGUGCAUGGCAUACACUCAAGUCUAUAAUUAAGACCUUUCCCUGUUCCGUCUCCGCAAUGGACGGCGACCAAGCCACAACAGGCCUUGGAUAAGCAACAGCAGUGUCUUCCUCAAAGGCGUUGGGAAGUCGCCGUGUCUGCGCCCUGGCUCCCUUUGUAUCCAGCGCAGUGUGCCGCCCCGUUCUGGUGCGCACGCGGAUUUCCGGCACUUCUGAACGUGUGCUGCUUCCGAACACCUCCUUUGGUCUCCUCCGGAGCACUGCGCGCCGCAGAACCCUGGAAACACAAGGCUCCCAUUUGUAAACGUCUUUUUUUUUUUUCCCCCCAGCUAGGUUUUCCCUCGGUCUGGUUUUUUUGGUUUUUAACGAAGUACCAGCUGACUUGUCAAAAUGUUUUGUAUUUCUUAGCAUUCGUGGGGAAUGAGUUUAGAGAAACGCAAGGCCUUCCAUCCACAAACGUUCUGGCCCUCAGAAGAGAACAAGAGCCGCCCGAAAGUAAAUAGACCUUUCACAAACACCGAUUUACGCACUGUGACAGCAAUUUGAAGUUAAGAUGGUAAGGAAGGAAAAUCAUCUUCUAGGUCUAUUUUAAAAAUCACUGUCCAGAUGGACUUUCUUCUGUAUUCCAGUGCAUUCCACAAGGUGGCGCUUUAGAGAAAAAUUAGGAUCUGAACAAGGCUUCAGUACUUCAAUAGACAUUCUAACUAUUCUUCUGCACAUAUCUGAUUCUUACCUGGCACUUGUUUAACAGGAUGCUGAGUGGUCCUCAUAAUGUCCUGUAACUUAAAUAUUUCACUUGUUAGCUAGAUUCUGAACAAUUGCAAGUACAUUUUGCUUGAGGUUGGAUGAUGCACCCAUUCGGAUCACUUCAGUGAGUAAAGAAAACCUGAUCAUCUAUUCAAGAAGCAUUUUUCUGAGAUCCCUAAGACAGGUUUGCUUACUCAGAAAACAACCUGCACCUGUGAACAGGAUGGUUUCGUUAGGAGCCUGAAACUACUCCAGUGGCCCCAGUCAGCACGCCCUCCGCCCCCAUCUGCUGCUCUCGCACUUCUAAUAAGGUGGCAUUUCAACCCUGAUUAAAUGUAAAAGUCCAGUGAGCUAAAUAAACAAAUACUGCGCCAUUGAGUAGGCAAAACUUCAUCAAGGAUGACUAUUCCAAAGCACCCCUAAAUUACUGGAAGACCCAGUGAUCCGCAAUUUUUACAUUUGUGUAAUCACACAUGCAAAUUCAUAAACUAUUUUAUUCAUUUUGUCUUUGUAGGAUGUGAGCCUGACAACUUAGGCUCAUAUCUACUAGAUGUUUAGUUUCUCUACUCUGGAAGUUUGGGGCAACUUCAUUUUUGUUGUAAUUCGCAGGUCUGCUGAGAAGCCCAUGCCCUCCUCCCCCUGCCUCCCAAGUGGUUGAAGCUGGUUUUGGAAGUCCCCUGCCUCCCAGAGUGUCCCUGAAGUUUAGCAGGAAGCUACGCUCUUUCCCAGAGCUGGCUUAGCACAACCCGAGGCAGUUUGUCCCUCUGAGUGGCGGGCACUCACGGCACCUGCUCAGUUUCCCUCCCCAGAACAGGCCGACGAGGCUCCUGGUGGGUGCUGAGCCCCAUGCCCCACCCAGGAAGAGCUGCAGAGAGCUAUUUGAAAGCCAACGGCCUCUUGCAGUCCUGCCUGCUCUCACUGAAGUGGAGCCCGGUGCCUGUGGUCCUAAGGGAGAGGCCCACCUGGGCCCUCGGGCUGCCCUGCAGGGACCAGCCUGCACCCUCAUUGCUCAUGCUCUAAACUUGACUCCCACCUGAGGCCCCCCCUCAGUGGCCUCCCAACUGCGGGCGAGGCCCGCGUGCCCUGCUGCUGUCUCAGAGGCACCUGUCAGCAGCCUUGGGAGGGAAAGCGUCCCUAGAGGCGAACGGGUGUCGUCUGUCCGUAGAUAAGUACAACACAAUUCUCUGAAAGUUCGGGUCUGGGGGUGUGGUAGAAGCUGCUCGGUGAGGCCGUCUACCCAGCGUCUCUCAAGCUGUAAGCCCAGCUUUGUUUUGUUUUGUUUUGUUUCUUUUAAGAGAAGAUGUAUAAUUACAGGAGAUUUUCUUUUUAUUUUUUUAUGUUCUGUCGUUCUGCAUAUGUGAUGGCAACAGAUAUGCCUGGAAGAGAUUUGCUUUGGAAAAUCGUUUUGCUUUCCUGCUUCUUGAGUUGGCAAAAGCUCCUCCCUCUUAGCUCCCAAUUUCUUCUCUUUUCCUUGGUCGAGUAGUUAGAGGUAUGCAAGCGAAUUCUCUAGUGCGGUAGGGGAUUUUUCUGUCUAGGGGAAGCCUUCGUGUGACUCGUUUGUUCACACACAUAGUUGGCACCCAUCUUUUUAGGAGUUUGAAUCGUCAGAUGUAGGUUUCCUUGGGGGGUGGGGUUGGGGAAAGACAACACCUUGCCUGCCAGGAGCUGUGAUCCUCGUGCACAUUGGCAGGCAUAGGGCCCACAAUUAUUUAGUUCCUGACCCCGUGUUUCUAGCCAAGUUCUGUGCAUGCGCUUAGGUCAAAGUUCUGAAGGCACCCUUUGCAUCCUUACUUGAAAUUUCUGAUCUUAACGUCUACAGAAUGCAAUAACACGUAUCAGCUGGCAAUAUUACUGUGGUCACCAGCAAGUCUGAGUUUGACCUUGAAGUCUCUGAAUAAUGAAAAUCAGUCGCAGCAGUAAUAGUUUUCUUGAACUCCCAAGUACAUCCCUCUGAUCCUCUGUUGGCAAUGGUAUACGUGUGUUCAUCAUAUUUCCUCACUUUCUUGUUUAUUUUCCUAUGACCCGUCAUAAAUAUAUUAGUACAUGGGAUAAUAGCAUCAGAUACCCUUAGAAACAGCACUUAACAUGUGAGGAGUGUUUUUUCAAGUUUUUCUACAUUUGCAUAAAUUAUUUCUAUUAUUAUUCAUGUAUAUUAUUUAUUUCUGAGUCACACUAGUCCAGUGAAAGUGCAACUGAAGACAAAGUAUUAGGACUUGCAUUUAACAAUGUUUAUCAACAUGGACUUGAUGGAGCUAAGAAUAUUAAAAUUAGACUUAACCCCCCAAUAAGCUGCAUGCAUUUUUAACAUGAUUACUAGAUUUAAGUCUAUAGAUGUAGUGUUUGUGGUGUCUAGGUAUUUUAUCAUUAUGUUAAGGCAUUAAAGCAAAGGACUUAGUUAGCUGUUGCUUUUGUCAAAUAUGCAUAUAGUAUAGUGUGGAAAUACAGCAAAGGGUUUUCAAACUAGAAGUAGAAAAGCAUUUUAGAAACUGCCUUAAUUGAGCACCUGUGCCCGAUGGCCAUCAGAGGAGGUGCCCAGUGAAGACAGGUACCUGGGGCGUACCUGGUCCUGUCGGCCCUUGUGAAGAUGCUUCCACCAUACUUGGUAGAGCCCUCAAAGGCGUUGUGUGCAGCUGUGGGAGCAGGGAGUGCUGUUGAGAAGAGUGACGUCAUAGUUGUUUUGUAGAAGCGGAACUGCCCACUGUGCCUUGAGGCUUCCGGAAUGUGUCAGGUGGAAAAGUCCUGAGUUUGCCUGCUUCGGGCAACUUGACCAUGCACAGAAGCAAUCCAGCUGGGUGAUAAAAAAAACAAGGGUUGCAUGUGCAAUCAUUGACAAAGGGAUCUUAGCAAACAACCGUUCCCAGCACCUCAGAAGUUUGUUGUACUUGUGGUGUUUUGGGUUUUAUCUGAAGGUUAAAGGGCAAGUGUUUGGUGUAGAAAAGCAGUAUGUGUUAAGAAAAGCACAUUAUCAGUUCUCAUGGAGUGCAGAUGAGAAGUUGAGUGUUAGAGGAUUAUCAUUUCUGAGAUGUGUAGAGCAUGUGUUCACUGUAAAGUGUGUUAGUGUUUCUGCAUUUGUGUAGGGCCUACUUAAAUCUUGUAGAUUUCAAAAAGGCAGUCGCACACAGUAUGCUUUUUUUCCCCUUGACUUCUUAUUAGAAUUAAAAAUGCUUUAAAAGUAAAAAAAAAAAAAAAUCUUCAUUUGGAUGUUUGACUCGUUGGCUUCUGUGCUUAAAGUCGCAGCUCUAGAAAUGUAGAGAUUGUGCAUGUCAGAUGCUAACUGAUGACCAACACACCCACCCCUGCGCACCUGUCCCCUGCGUCUCUCCCUUUCUCCCGCCCAGGUGCUCCCUGCCAUCAUCCUGGCCUGUCCAUGUGCUGUUCUCCAUCCUCCUCUGCUCAUGUUUGGGCAUCAGGGACAUAAGAGAUAACUUUAGCCACAAUGGGCGUGCUUGCCUAGGCUUGGCCACUACCCGCACUUGGCCUUCAGCUGGUCAUGGUCAUCAGAAGAUCUCUGAGGCCAGUGUUGUGGCACAGUGAGUUAGACCAUGCCUUGCAGGGCUGGCAUCCCUUUUCAGAGUGCCAGUUCCAGUGCAGGCUAUAAUCCACUUCUAAUCCAGCUUCCUGCUAAUGUGCCUGGGGAAGCAGGGAAAGAUGGCCCAAGUACUUGUGCCUCUGCCACCCAUGUGGAAGACCAGGAUGGAGUUGCUAGCACCUGGCUUGGGCCUGUUCCAGACCUCACUGUUGUUGGCCAUUUGGAGAGCAAACCAGCAGAUGGAAGAUCUCCCUCUCUAUUACUCUGCCUUUCAAAUAAAUGUUUAGAAAGAGAGAGGGAGAGCUGGUUCCUGAUGCGAGGCACAGAGGGUGCACACAACAUCACUCAGAAAUCCCCUCCACCAUCUUUGUGUGCAACGUGACCUUUAAACCAAGUCAUUCUGCGGAGCAUUCAGCUUUGGCUGUGGUACCGAGUGAGAAACUAACCAAGAACAGAAACCACAUUCCAAGCUGCUGUUUUCUGUCCAUCUACAGGCUGUACUUUCACUGUAUCUCUUCAUACUUGAAACUCAUUCUGCUAUUUUAAUAUCAGGGUACAGACUUCCAAGGGUGCAUGUUCCCGCCAGGUGCAUAACUACUCUCAUUCCGUUUGUUCAUUUUGCUACAGAGUGCUCUGUUUUGGUGCUUUGGGUUCAGCAGGUCACAGAAGCAGUGUAGCGGAUCACUGCCGGGACCGCAGUCCUAGAAGAAUGUUGCCAGAUGACUUGGUAUUGGGUGUGGCUUCGGCUCCUCCCCCGUCCACAAGGUGGCGCGUGCCCGCGCCGGCCUGUCCACCUGGCUCUCCUUGCGCACAGGCUGGCCGUGGCACAGCGGAGAGCUCCCUACCUGCUCAGAUUAUUUAGCCCUGAAAGCAGAAUGGCCUUGGGUGGGAAGGGCCCCAGUCACCAGCGACUGCUCACAGAAGGCCCUCCUGAGGCCAAAAUGAGUAAUUAAAACUGCCAAGUUCACCUCUCCAGAGCGCCCUGAGCGACGCUCUCACCCCAAAUGAAAGCCCGGGCCCGUUUGUUUAGCCCUCCCCACCUGAAAAGGGACAUUUAAUAGAAGGGGUGCAUGUCAUGUAAAAUAGGCCACCCCAGGACCCUCUGUUGUUGCUUGAGUCAGGGAUGCCGGAAGCCCACCCCCCAUCCUCCCAUACACACCCCCCCAUGCCCCUGGUUUCUGAGGUCAAAGGGAGCCACUCCUGGCCGCACCUAACUCUGACACUUCAUUGGAGAGAGGGGGACCUGCAGUGGCGAUUCUGUCGUCAGGAAAUGCAGAGAGUUACAGAUCAAUGCUUCUUUGGAAACUGGAUGUAUUACUGGGUGCUAGAAUGCAAAUUUAGGUAUUUAUUGUCAGAUAAUGGAAUUCAUUGUUUUUUUCAAAAUUGUUGAAGUGUCACUGUCCAUUGUGUUCACUUAUGUGCAAGCUAAAUUGAAUGAAACAAAACAGAAAAUGUUCAUUUGUCAUGCCUUUUGUAUUUCUUACAAUAAAAAUAUUGGUAGCCAAUAAAAAUAAUAAAAUAGCAAAUUUUAAACUGCUUUC